CGUAAUUCGGCCAUUGUGAAAUACUACUAUUACAAAUAACGAUUACAAUUUGGCGUCGCUAUGGAAUCAAAUAGUCUUCAAAAGUUUCCAAUGAACAGUUGGUCACGGGAAAUCACCGAUUACUUUGAAUGCUUUGACGCAUAGUGCAUGUCGAAAAAUGUUCGUGAUGACGAAAUUUCAACUCAUUUUAUUACUGCAAUUGGGCUAGAUGCGUAGAGUUUAGUGAAAACUCUCGCUCACAUUUGCAGAUAAACUAAUUUCUCUGCCAUAUUAUAAACUCCAUGGACUCCUAACGGACCACCUCCACAUAACGACUUCCGAAACACGAGAGAGGGCUCUGUUCGGCAAACUUGCUUGUGCUCCCAACCAGAGGAUCAGAGACUUUAUUCUUCAGCUUCAGAUACAAGCUUCAAGGUGCAACUUUGGAGAUCAGCCCAAUACUCAACUACGUGAUCGUCUAAUUGCUGAGAUCAAUAUUACUAAGUAAGAGGAAGAGUUGAUUCAGAUUCCUUCCUGUGCCUUUCAAACUGCUAAUGAUUUAUGUACUACAUAUCACUUAACUGCGAGCUCCUUGGAUACGACGUACUUUUUCCUGUCAAACCGGAAAAUACCAAUUUUGUGAAUUAUCCGUUUGGGAAACCUGAUCUCCCUAGUCACUGAAUUAAAUUCAACCAUUACUUACAUAAUAUAUCUCUGUGUGGUAAGUCCAGCUGUCUCGAGCUACUGACAAAGCUUCAGGUGCCACUGCUGUAGCAGCAUCUUCCUCACUCGUUCAGACUUGCUGGUCUACCACAUGAUUGCUGUGAAGCCGAUCAUCCAGAAAGAACUAAGUAAAGUCGAAAACCCUUUCUUUUCCUUGUCUUGUACUUUUUCAGUUUUACUCUUGUUCUUUUAGGUAGAUACUUUUGCUUUCUUAUUCGUUUGUAUCACAAGUCAUACUGAUUGCUAAUAUGGUUGUCGAAAGUAGCCUUAGAAAAGCCACUAAAACGGCAUACUCUGUAGUCACAGGGGCUUCACCCAAAGAAGGAAAAAACCCAGGAACUUCAAACCCUUCCCGCAUACCGAUCAUAAAGACUCGUGUAGGUUUCGUCUGUCCUUAUACUACGCCUGCGUUGCCACAGUCUAGUACUCAAACGGCACAGGCAAUACCAGGGGGACAGGAUAUUACACCUGCAUCAACUGAAGACCAGUGUGUGAAACACAGCAAACCUAAAAGGAAACGUUCAAGACGUCAUAAGACGUCAUCAAGGAAAGGAGAUGAAUGUCAAGCACGUAGUAUCAUAGUUUCUAAAACUGACUCAGCGUUUGAAUGCAAUUUUUGCAAACGAUGGGUGCACUGCCGUUGUGACACAGAGGUACCGAAAGCAUACUACGAGUUUAUGAGAAAUAACCCAUGCCCAUGGUUUUGGUACAUUUGUCCAAUUUGUCGCCCUGGCAUAGUCCCACAAAGCGUGGGGAAUUAUUGACCACAGCAAUCACUCAUUGGAUGCUGACCACCACUGUUUAAGUCGACUUGUUUAGCUGAAGGCUUCCGGUCAAGCAUCCCCGCCAUUUGGUACCCCGUCGUGUCACGUGCACGAUCACUAGCUAGUUAAGCGUUUGUCUGAAGGCUUGUUUUGGUCCCAAAAUAUAUCUCUUGGUUUGGACGAUCAAAUAUUGGCUUUUGCUUUGUCUUUGGUACGCGAGAAUAAAUUAAUUAGAAGUUGUUGAACGAGGUAUCCGUCAACCUCUAAACUGGUGAGCCCGACGUGAUCUUCAUCCACGAGAAAUUCGCAGAUAACCCCGGUGAGUUCGUUCCAUUUUGUAUUUAUUCUUCUACCAUAUAUAUUAUUCGACAUGAUUUUCGUCAUGAGUGAUUUUAGUCCCAAGGUCAUCCGUAUCCGCUCAACUCCUAAGACCAUUCACCUCGUACCAUACUGGCCAGAUAAUGCUGAAACGUGGUUUCUGCUAGCUGAAGCAGAUUUUUGUGAGCAUGGGAUAACCGAUGAACGUUCACAGUUACUUGCAGUUAUUCACGCCCUACCGCGGGAAUUCAGCAAGCACGCAACAUCGCAGAUGUUGAGUCCCGAGGUAAGUAACUCGUACGAGUUGCUCAAAGCAUCCCUUCUCAGGACAAACGUUCUCACGGAUCGACAACGUCUAGGUGCCGAAGUCAGCGUCCUUCCUGCUACAGCAUCAGAUCGACAGAAGGAACCUACCUUCAACUUACAGGCUGCAAAUGGAAAACCAAUCGUAACCUUUGGUAGGAAAUACGUCUGUCUGAACGUAGGUUUACGCAAACCUAUUCGGUGGAUUUUCCUUCUCGCUGACGUUACAAUGCCCAUCAUUGGCACCGACCUACUUAAUCACCAUGAUUUACUCGUAGACGUCCGCCGAAAACGACUGAUUGACAAUACUACUAGUCUGUCUAUCAAAGGCAUCAGCUACAUAGGCCCUAGUUUUUCACCCGUUAAGAUAAUGGCAAUCCUUAAUCCAACCUUUCAACCUAUUGUUGACAAGUACCCGGAACUUAAUUGCCCGUCGAACGACCUGCCGUGCAUAACCAGCAAUGUUAUGCACCACAUCAUUACCACAGGACAACCUGUGACAUCUAAAGCACGACGAUUAGCUCCUGACAAACUGAGAAUCGCCAGGAAUGAAUUUGACCAUAUGCUUAGCCUUGGCGUCAUUCGACCUUCGAAUAGCCCAUGGGCAUCCCCACUUCAUAUGGUUCCGAAGAAGGAUAGCAGUGAUUGGCGACCCACUGGUGAUUACCGGCGAGUGAAUGCCAAAACAACCCCCGGUUGCUACCCGUUGCCUCAUAUACACGACUUGACGGCAACCUUAUCCGGCGCGACUAUAUUCUCCAAAAUAGACGUGGUUAAAGUGUAUAACCAAAUCCCGAUGGCAACAGAAGACAUCCCGAAAACGGCUAUCAUUACGCCUUUCGGACUUUUUGAAUUUCUACGUAUGCCAUUCGGUCUCCGGAAUGCAGCCCAAACAUUCCAACGCUUCAUUGACGAAGUAUUUCGCGGUCUCGACUUUGUAUACGCAUACUUAGACGACUGCCUCAUUGCCAGUUCAGACAAGGAAACUCACCUUAGGCACUUGGACUUGGCAUUUGACAGGUUACGCCAACAUGGUGUUACCAUUAAUAUUCAAAAAUGUCAAAUCGGUGUUGACUCACUCGACUUUCUGGGUUACACUAUUGACUGCAAGGGCAUUCGCCCACUGGCUACUAAGGUCGAGGCUAUAUUGAACUUUCCAGAGCCACAGACAUUGAAAAGUCUCCGCACUUUUAACAGCUUAGUAAGCUAUUAUCGACGCUUUAUUCCCAACUGUGCCUCUUUGAUUCAGCCAUUGACAGACCUCCUUCGAGGGAAUAACAAGUCCAUAGAACUUGACGCGUCUGCUCGAAAUGCUUUUACCCAGAUUAAAAAAGCUAUUGCGAAUGCCACACUUCUGAUGUAUCAGGAUCCAACGGCACCGUUAAGUAUCUCGGUUGAUGCAUCAAACGCUGCAAUCGGCGCAGUUCUACAACAGCUAGUUGACAAAGAGUGGCAACCACUUGCCUUUUUCUCCCGGCGCCUUCAAUUAGCCGAAACGAAGUACAGCACAUUCGGCAGAGAACUUCUGGCUAUGUACUGUGCUAUACGACAUUUUAGACAUUCGGUAGAGGGUCGUGAAUUUAUAAUUUUUACGGAUCACAAACCUCUGACGUACUCUCUGAACUCACCUUCAGAUAAGUAUUCACCCAGGGAAUCACGACAACUGGAUUACGUCUCACAGUUUACAUCAGAUAUUCGCCAUGUAUCUGGAGUAAACAACACUGUGGCAGAUGCCUUGUCGCGCGUUUGUUCUUUCACCCUGGCUCGUCUUCAAAAAGAAGAUGCCGAACUUCAACAUGAGUUGUCGAAAACAACUCUACAAUUAGCUGAGAAACCCUUAGGUAUGGGAAGAGAUACUAUUCUAUGCGACAUUUAAUAAUAAUAAUAAUAAUAGUAUAUUCUCAUUUUGUACAUGAGAGACGCCAGUUUACAGGCAUCAUCAAUAUGAUAAAUUACAUAUACGAUUAGUAAUCAUAAUUAAUAAUGUUUUAAUAAAAUACACAUUUUUUCCUACUUGUGUAGGACACACCAAAUAUACAGGCAUGGGUAAGCAUUAUUUAAAUUUCAUAAAUUCGGUUUAUGGUUAAGUUACAUGGUUGCUGGCGUUUUUGUCUUAGGUCUGUGGGAACAAUAUGAUAACCAGUCAUUCAAUGGAGCACGUCAUGAAAUAUAGGAAUAUUAACUUCGCAUUAACAAAAAAACCCAAGUAAGUUUUGGAUGGAUUAAAAAUACUUGGGAAAAAAUAAAGCUUGAAGUAAUUCCUCAAUAUAACUUGGGUGUGUACAAAUCCGAAUCUUAUUUUUGAUUUGAUUUAUAUCCAAAUUGGGUAAUAAGGAAGCUAUUUUACAGAUACGAUCAGUUAUGUUAUAAGCUACAAUCGUGACGUUGUAUUACAAAUAGAUACUUUUCCAUUGGUAUAAGAGUAUAUUCCACAAAUGUAAUCCAGGUUGCGUCGUGGAGAAAGUUAAUUCGUUAUUAACCAGGCAACUGAAAGAUACGGGACCAAUAAUGUUUGCAGAUCAUUUGUCAUUGUAAAUGGUCAAAUAUCCACAUUAUUCAUUCUCAUUCAAAAAGUCAAAUGGAAGCUGAAAUGGUGAAAGAAAAAAGAAGACAAACAACAGCAACGCAAAAGAAAGCAACGGGAGUCCUUAAGGAGUGAUUAAUAAUUAUAUACAUAUAUAUUCUGUUUUGUAACUAUGCUUAUUUUUUUCACAACUAACUAGUCCCGUUACGCUAACUUUUAUAUUAUGUGUGAACUAAUAUUAUUGUCCUGUGUAGAAAUGUUUAUCAUCUAGUUCCAAUAAUAUUAAAAUUUUUAAUUG